UCUCGCGGACACUAAGCGGCUCGGCAGUAAACGUCUCGUUUCCAGUCCAGUGUAGUAGUCCGUGCUAUGGAUGUAGCCAUCGGGCUGAUUAUUGAAGCCAGAAUGACCUAGAGCCCAGACUGUUUGUGCGCAUGCGCGUAAUUCUGAUUGGUUCAUAUUUCAAAUUUUCAUUUUACCCAAGAUCACGCCCUAGUGAUAACAUAUUAUUAAUUUAUUAUCAAUAAUUUACGCAUGCGCAGUAAUAACCAAGGCUCUAGCUUUUUCAGUCAUUUUGGCUUCAAAUAUAAUACACAAGCAAAUACCGAGUGACUACAUCCAUAGUAUAUGAUCUAAGUGCACACUACACGAGAACACUGAUACCAUAAUCAUUAAUCACAGUAUCACAUAAUUUUCCACACCGCGACCGCCAUAAUUCACGGUGUCGACCUUAUACUAAUAGACGGGACGUGGAUGUAGUUCCGGCGUCCAAGCGUGACGGCCGCUGAUCAAGGUAGUACCACAGACUGUGGCAUGAUAUAAAAACAAGGUAUGAUCGUAACUUUUUGACGGUCAGAUCCUUUCGGUAAGCACGUGACGUAGCAUAGUGUAUAGUAAUAAUAAUUUAAUGACAAUAUGAUAACACGGGUAAGCAAGUGACGUUUGCGCGAGCUUGGACCAAAUCUGGACUUUUGCGAUCAUAGCAUGUUGUUUAUAUCAUGGACUGUGGUAUUACCAUCACGCGACGCGCGCUUUUAUUUUGCAUUCAAAUAAUUACGUUGUAUCGUACCUAUUCGUUUUUGUAUUAUUAGAAUAUAAUACUAAGUAAAUACUAAGAAUUUACUAACUAUUUUAUUUUCAUGAUAUCAUGGAGGAUGUACCGCUUAUCACUAUGAUAUGCUAUGUUAUCACUUUGAUAAUAUGAUAUUGUUUUUUUUUUUUGGUACUAUAAAUUAAUUUAUAAUAGGUAGUCCGUUUUAUUUUCAAAUUUAAUUAAAUAAAAAUUGUUAUUUAAUUCUAGUGUUAUACCUAAGGUGGAUCUUGUUCUCAAGGUAAAUCCUCCUUGAUACUAUCGAAUAUUUUAGUAUUCUUAUAGUAAGUAGUAUGACGGAAAAACUUAUUAAACGAAACCCGGUAUUCCAAGCAGAUGAAAUUAAUCUGCUGGACAGUUUAGUUUAUAAACAUGUAUUGGAAAAUAAACAAAAAGGAGCGGUACAACUAGCCCAGAAAUCGAAGUAUUGGAAUAUUGUGGCAGAUGAAUUUAAUGCAGCUGCAUUAAACGUUUCACGUUCUGCUCUUAAUCUCAAAAAAUGUUGGGAGAACAGAAAAAAUAACAAAAAAGCUGAACUAUGUGCUGAAAAAAGAAAUAAAAAAAAGACUGGUGGAGGGCCAGAAGAAACUAUACCAACAAAUGAAGCCAUUGAUCAGUUUUUAACUACUAUAACUGAUAUAGAAGUGCAUGGCGUUGUAGAUUCGGAUUCCUUAAGAAAUAUGUCAUCAUCAACUCCAAAUAAUUUUGAGACUAUUUUACAAGAUUGUGAUAUUGUAUUAGAUGGUGAUGAGUUUAUGAGACAACAUACCGAAGUCGAAACUACAUUAAUAGCUUCUGAGGAAAUUACCAAAUUGAUUAAUUUACCAAAUCAAGAAAAAGAGUUGAAUAGUAGAGAAUCACCUAGCGUAAACAACUUCAAGAAAAUAUCAAACAAGGUCAACGAAUCAACAUUUGACACUAUAAGACUUGAAGUCCUUAAAGAAGAAUCAGAUCUUAGAAUUAAAAGGCAGAAAAUAUUAAUUGAACAAGAUGCUGUGAUUCAUAAGAUACGUUUGGAAGAAGUCAAACAAAAUCUUUUAUUAGCUGAACAAAAGUACAAACUAUUUUUGAAAGAAAGUAACCAAAGCUGAUAAAAAAUGUGUAAAAGUAUUUUUCAUAAUGAGUAUUUUGUAGUUGUAAUAAAUUGCCAAGUUGUGCUAAAAUUGUAUUGUAAUGUUAUAGUUAU